AUGUCCUCCGAGAAGGGCAACUUGCAGUUCCUCAACCUCCGCCUCGAUCCUGAGUGGGGCACCAAUGAGCUCAGAGGUGUGUUUACGAAGAUCAAGAAAGCGCUUCGGAAGCCAGAUGUUGUCACGAGCUUCGUUUUCGGGGACUUUAACUUCUUGGAGGUCGGGGAGUCCAGGGUGAAUGAGUUAGGCCAGAACUUAGACGAGCAGUUGCAGGGCAUCAAAGAUGUCUUCUAUUACGCUGCUGGGCGCGUCAAGGCGGACAUCGCCGAGGCUAAGUGCUCUGCUGCUGUACAGCGUAUUCGUGAUAUGUCUCGUGAUUGGCGGUCAUGUGGCCGCAGGUUUGCGUUUCCGCCUGGGACCCUGCAUCAGCUCAAAGAUUUAGGCCACCGUGUGGAGGCACGGAGGCUGGAGAUCUAUGCCCGCGCCUGCACGUUACGUUCCGCCAUCAGCUCUGACAAGCUCCAUGAUCUGAAAAAUGAAUUAAAGGAGUAUGCAGACUCGGACGACGUUGUGAUCGCAUGGAGGUAUAGCCCCUAUGCGAAACAUUCCCUCUUCCUACGCAUCGGGGACCUGUAUAAUCAGUUCUUCCAGAUUCACCGCCCCUUGAACUGCAAGCCCAAGGCUGUUCAGGCUCGGGUGACCAAGAUGUUGCUCAUGAAUCAGCAGCGUGAGUUUCCCAGUGUCCAGGACCGCCCCGCGUGCGUGCUCGCGCGCGGGCUGGGCGGGGUGCUGGACGCGCCGCACUUCAUGUCCGAGGCCCGCCGCCCCGCCUCUCCGCGCGCCGGCGUGGAUGUCCGCCUCGCUGUGGCCAGCACGCUGCGCGGGACCACGCUGGAGUUUGCGACCCUUCGUUGGAGGCUUCAGGUGCUCAUUAUCAUGGAGCACCCCGCGGACGUUUUCGCGGAGGCCGAGGAGCGGAUGCUGCAACUCGGGCUGCCGGGCCGGGCCGCGAGCCGCGGCGAGGCCGAGCUGAGGCGCAAGCGGUCCGAGCUCGACGAGAUGCAGGCCCUUCUCAACGAGAGGGAGCUCGAGAUCGACAGGAGGGAGCGGGAGCUCCAGGUCCAGGCGGCCAAGCUCGAGGAGCGCAGCGGAGAGGGCCCCGCGGCGGCGGAGCGGGCCGCGCUCAUGCGGCAGCAGCAGGGCUUCCGGGCAGAGGCGGCAAGAGAGAGGGCUGCGCUGGAGAAGGAGCGCUCGCGGCUGGAGGUGCAGGCCCAGCUCCAGAAGGACCGGCUGGACGACGAGCAGCGGAAGCAGGAGGAGAAGAUCGAGGAGCUCUACGCCGAGCUGGAGAACCAGCGUGCGGCGCUGAAGGCGCAGCAGGCGGUCGCGCAGGAGCGGGCGCAGGCAAAGGAGGCGAAGGACAACCAGGAGGCGCACUCGAAGCUGGUCCAGCAACAGGCGUCCCUGGACGCCAAGGGCGUGGAGCUGGCUGGGAAGGAGGCCGCGCUGACGAAGCGCAAGGACGAGCUCGCCAAGAAGGAGGAGAUGAUCAAGGGGGCCGUCAAGAAGCUGGAGGCGCGGUUCAACCAGGAGAACGAGAGGCAAGCCGUGCACCGCGAGGACAUGAAGGCCACGGAGCUCCGGCACAAGGACAGCGUGGCCAGAGAAAAGGACGCGUGCCGCGCGUGGUUCCUGCCCGAGUUCCUUGCCCGAGUGUCCUGCAGUGCGGGAGGGAUGGCCCCGUGGCGGUCACCAGGGGGCCUGGCUCGCAAGACGUUCGCCCAGCCAGGCCUGCCUGGCAGCCAGGCCUGA